CGCGUUCCAUUGGCUGUAACGGAGGGUGACCGCCGCUGAAGUGUGGAGAGGUCGCAUUGCACUCAUGUUUUUGGAGCAAAAAAAAUGAUGGGAUCACAGCCGCCUCCUAAACCCUGGGAACGACGAAUCCCGGGACAUAUGAGUGUCCCAUCCUUCCAAUCUGCUGAUUUGGUAUCAGGCUUGCCUUCAAGACAAGGACCGAAUGUGGUUACACGGAUUCCGCCUCCUGUUCCGCCAAGGUCAACACAACAGUCUGGAGUUGGCAAUCUCAACACCUACAGAUCUCCUUAUAGCAGCUUCUCUCCAGCACACACACCGUAUGGGAGUUCUUUGUAUGGAAGCUAUAGCCCUUACAGUUAUGGAUAUGGAGGUCUGGGCUACAACAGAUUUCGAACAGAUGAUGUACGUCCCAGCACAUUUGUACGCGAGGCUGAAGAAAGCAGUAGAGGAGCGUUUCAGUCUAUAGAAAGCAUCGUUCAUGCAUUUGCUUCUGUCAGUAUGAUGCUUGAGGCUACUUUUUCAGCUGUUUACAAUAGUUUCAGAGCCGUCUUGGAUGUUGCUAAUCACUUUUCCAGGCUCCGAGUGCAUUUCACCAAAGUUCUGUCAGCAGUUGCGUUGAUCCGAACUUUUAAGUAUAUGUGCAGGAAGCUGCAAAGAUUACUUGGCCUGCGGAACUACUCUGAGGUUGAUGAUUUAUGGGCAGACAGUGCUGGUACCGUGGUCCCACCUGGAGCUGAAGACAAGAUACCUGGGUCAGGCAAAUCCUGGCCCAUAUUUUUGUUUUUUGCAGUGGUUCUGGGCGGCCCUUAUGUCAUAUGGAGAUUAUUAAGCUCCGCUACUUCUGAACCAGAAUCAACCAGUUGGGCAAACGGAGAAGACGAUCAUAUUGUUGCAAGAGCAGAGUAUGAUUUCACUGCUGGCACAGAAGAAGAGAUCUCAUUCCGUUUGGGUGAUAUGAUCAACCUGGCUCCUAAAGAACAACAGCCAAAAGUACGUGGGUGGUUGCUGGCCUGUUUAGAUGGCCAAACAACUGGAUUGGUGCCAGCCAAUUAUGUCAGAAUUUUAGGUAAAAGGCGGGGCAGAAGGCAAGUGGAGCAGGAACACAUUGCAAAGCAGCAGCCACAGACACAAGAUAAUUCAACAUGUGAAGGAACUUCAUUCAAGGAAGAAGAGACCGUCUUUGAAUCUGCUUUUACUGAAACUUCCAAGCAGAAUACAGAGUCUGACACAAUGGAAUCCAUAAUUGCUGGGAAAGAUGUAAUAAAUGUCUGAAAUCACUCCUAUUAAUCGAAAGAUAGAAUCUUCCUCAUCUGCUCUUCUGAUCUAUAAAAUUGUAUCAAUAGUUUUUAUGCUUCUAGUGUACCAUAUUCUUUCAUUCGCAACCAAGCAAAAG